AUGAAGCUCCUUUACCCCCUUGCCACCGCCCUCCUCACCCUCACUGCAACCACCAAAGCCGCUCCGCAGCUGCCGCUGCCACUUGACACCGUGACCGGCAUCGUUGGCAGCCUUCCCGUUGUAGGGGGCAUUGUCGGCGGCGGACCCCCGGUUAAAGUUCGACAAGCUCCGGAUGAAGACGGCGGGGACACGGACAGGAAAUUUGCGGAUCAAAGUGGUAAAGUUAUCUUUGUGUGGAAAACGGAAGUGGAUGCCUUGCUUCGAUUUCGGAUUCCUGUCAUAAAUAUUAUCAGUCAAAGAUAUUUUACCAGUAAUGCUCUGGUGAUAUUCAAAAACCAAAUCUCGGAAAAUGGGCCGCUUAACCCGGUUACUCUCGAGAUUGUACUGGAUAUACCAGGUUGUGAAAACACGAAAAUCCCUGAAACCACUCUUCCGUGCGCUAAUUUGUGGUCAGACCAUUUCACCCCUACUUGGACCGCUUGCUGGCUCGGUUGUUUGUUCGCCGUGAUUGAAAAUGGGUUCAACGCUGCGGAAUGCGAGAGAUCUUCGAAGGUUAGCUUGUCUUUUUUUCAUAUGGACUCGGAUAUCAAAUACGGCAAACAGGGUUGCAAUGGAAAUCAUAAGUCAUUGGCUUCAUGGCUAUUUUAUGGCGGCAAUUAUAUUGAUCUAGAUGGCUGUGAAUUUGAACUUGCUGCGCAAUGUCCCAUCGUGGUCAUUUUAACAGAUCGUAAGCCUUUCAACCCGGAGCUAGGUGCUCAAUCAACUGUAGAUAUAGUUCUACUCUAG